AUGGCUCCGGCACCACAUCAGACUGGAUCUGCUCCUUCAUCUCAGAUUGGUUCUUCCGCUCCUGCUGCGAUUCAAGUGCCUACUCCUGUUCCUGCACUUCUUGGUGGUGGUUCUACUAGUACCGGAGGUCAAGCAGCAGCAUGGUGGCCUGGACCUUUGCCACAAGCCACAUCUUCAGCAGCCACAUCCACAAAUUGUGGUAUGGAUUACUAUCCACCUGGUGGUUUUAUGAGCUUUUUACAAUCUGGACAACCAUUCAUUCCUCAUGUUUCGGCACCAUGGCCACCUAUGGGAAAGGAAUCUCAAUUAGCACCACCAAAAAAUGACUCAGGAAACCAAAAUGCUAAAAAGAGAUCGAAAGGCAAAACUAUCUUCAACUUAGAUGAUGGAAACGAUGGCAGGACUGCAAAGCGUCUUGUAUUUGAUCCAGAUGAGGACGUGAGGCUAGUAAGUAAAAUUGUAUCACUCACUUUCUUUUUGUACCUUCACAAAUAUAUGAACCUACAACUAAUCAUGUAUGCUAAAUUCAGGUCAGUGCAUGGCUGA